GUUGACGACUUCUAGAAGAACCAUGACGAUCUAGCCAUGACGAUCUGCAACGACUCAGCAACUUCCAUUGCGGCUUUGCUCGAAAGCCUGCUCGUCAGUCGAGCCGCCGAGCCGCGAUCGAAUGAAACGAUACACCAGAUCCAAUGCCAGCCACGCGCCACCACUGCAUCAUUUUCGACUCCGGGAAAGAGAAGCAAAGAUCGCACACUCGAGUUCCAGGAACAGGAGAUAGAGUUUGGCUUUGGAUAUCUCCAACGUCGCAACGGUCAAAACGUCUGUACCAAUGCCGCCCUGGCUUCACUGUAAUUGCCAGCAGAUCUUGAGGCUCCUCAAGAGAGAUCUCACGACCAUACAUAUCAGUGUAUGAGAGUAGCGCCAGAGGAAUAUUGGGGGCAUAUCUUCUGUGCUAACGAAUCCAUCCGAGUCUACUCGACGAGCUUCUCUGGCCUCUUUUUAACCGUUGAGAAGCAGUUGAAUAUGUCUGAUCCUCCUCGCUGAUCUGUCAACGUCUAGAUGGUCCGUCACGAGCAUCGUUCUUCCAUCCUCGCCAUGUCUCAAAUUGUGUCGCUCUCACUCUCUUCCAUGACCACCAGCGUAGAGAGAACGAUCUGUAUGGAUGCACAAUCAAAUCUCAUGCCAAUGCACUUGGCGCAGGAAGGCGAUGGACCGACAUAUCUCGUUGGUAACACUCAUCCACCACACGGGAAUAUAGAAGCCAG